AUGUGCUCGAAAUACGACUUCGUAAAUGAUCUUAAUCCGACGAAAGAAGACUGGAGGAUUAAAGUGCGUGUAGUUAGGUGUUGGAAGGUUCUCAGUUUUAAUCCAAAAGAUUUUGAUGAUAAUGUGGAUAUGGUUUUGGUAGACGAACGGGGUGGAAGGAUCCAUGCUACGGCCAAGGGUUCUUUGCAGGUUCGGAAGAAAAUUCAUGAGGGGGAUGCUUAUUUUAUAAAAAAAUUUGGAGUUGGGUUGGAUACUGAGUUUGACGUUAUUGAGAAAGAAUCGUCUGACUCCUUUUAUUUAAUAGGUGAUGGUCUUGGUGUAUUGUGUUAUUCGUUUUCAAUUAAGAUGUUGUAUAUAGGACGUAAGGCUGAAAUCCAUGUUAUUUGUUGUGUAGACGUCAUUGGUUUGCUAUCUGGAAUUGGGGAAGUACGUGAACAUGUCAUCUCUGGUAGAAAUACAAAAAUGGUUGUUGUGGAGCUUGACAACCUGAGGGGUCAGAAACUUGAAUGCACUUUGUGGGAGUCGUACAUAGAUGAGGUCCAGACUUUCUUAGCCAAGAAUCAAAGUGCUCAGAAUGUUAUAAUUCUUCAGCUUGCAAGGAUAAAAGGAAAGAUUGGAAUAGCUAAUACAAAGUAUACGACGAAAAUCCUUUUUGAUUCCAAUAUACCUGAGAUCGUAGAACUUUCCGGUGAUCUGAUCGAAAGUAGUCAGAUGUUGACUCAGUUGUCUAGCCCAUCUUCAUAUUCUUAUGAAAAUGAUUUUCUAAAGGAUACAAAGAGGAAAUUUCUUACUGAUAUUAAGAAUUGCAUGGAUGCUACUACUUGCAUUACUUAUGGAACUAUUAAAUCCAUCGAAAGUAAGUACAACUGGUGGUACAGAUUCAGUGUUCAAGUCAGAGUUGUUGGUAACACCAAUUCUGCUUCUUUCGUAUUGUUUGACAGAGACUGUCUUUCUUUAUUAGGAGGUGCAGAUUUGGAGCAUUAUCCGGAUGAGUUGAACGUUCUGAAAGAUAGAUCUAUGUUGUUUAAAGUGAAUGUGAAAAUGAGCAAUUUGAGCUCAUACAAUGAGCCAAAAUAUCAUGUGGCCAAAGUUUGCAUUAGUGAAAGUAUUAUCACAUCAUUUCUGAAAACCACGAUGGACCCAAAUGAUGAUUCUGUAUUUGACAGUGCUUGUGAUGAUAAUAUUAUGUCGGUAGGGUCAGGAAAAGCUGUGGAUGUUCAGAGCCAAACCAGUGAGAGUACUGAUGAUGCUGAUAUUUCCUUGACGUUGUUGACACCGUCUGUUAAGUAUGGUAAUGUUGUUGAAGAUAAAAAUAAUUGUUCAGUGGACCGUCCUCUUAAAAAAAUAAAGCUGGAGAAAGAGUUAAGUUUUGUCUAUUGA